CUGCGCUCCUGGCAGAACGCUGUGCACCAUCUGGUGCGUCGCUUGGCGCCCAGUGCUCCGGGCUCCGGUGGUGUUGCCGUUCAGGAGCUCACCACAGGCUCGCAUGUUUCAAGCGCCGAUCGUCUGCACGAAGUUGGCCCGAUUCCCACUCCCUCCGGCCUGAUGCAGACGUCUGUUUACGCUGGCGACAAGGGCGACCUCCUCACCGCCCCACCCGAACGUGGCAACAAAGAUACGGGCUCGAUUCUGGCUAGUCGAAAGUCGGUCUGUGGCCACACCUCGGGCCAGGGGAGUGCGGCAGGCACCGCGACCGGCCAGAUUAAUCGGGUCACAGAUGCUCACGUCCGGCUGAUCGCGGCUCGGGCUCUGGACGGUGCUAUCACGACAGCGAUUGCCUUGCAUCUCCAUCGCCUCGUCUCGACCUCCGAGAUCGGUCGGACGCGGAAGGUCAGUCUGUUCGGCUCAAUCAACGAAGGCUCUGGCGAGUCGACAACCGGUAAGCAGAGCCAGCCGACCGGCCGGCUUAGCCUCGACGAGGCUGUGCUGAUGCCAAUUCGCUUUUGUCUCUCGGCUCUGUUGACUCCAGAGUUGGUCACUCGCGUCUGGACGGAUGGAGUGGAUGUUGAACAGUCCCACCUCGCCUCUUCUCCAUCCCAGGGAAGUGGGUUACUAGCACAAUCACCUAUUCACCGGCACCAAAAUCAGUCGACUGUCAGCUCACCACAAUCUCUGACGCCACAGCAACUUAGCCAACAAAUUGCUCUCACUUGCGUCAGUAUUCUGGCCGGACUGGUGCACAUUCGACCCUCGCUCUUUAUCAACGGACUUAUUAACAAGCCGCAUAUAUCAAACACCUUUUUCGGACUGAUUCAACCAGCCGGAGUGCAACAGACCAGUUUCUUGGCAAGUUCUUGGCUCUUUAUUUCACCUUCACAUUGCUCCUUGCUGACUUGGGCACUUUAUCACAUCCUAAAAUUAGCCUCAAUCAGAGGACAAGAUCAUUAUAAGAUUGCGUAA